UUCACAGCGUCACAGCUCCACCAGCUUCUGCACAGCUAGUGUCAGAUCAGACUCAUCAGAAGUUACAUUCAUUAGUAUUUAAUGCUUAGUUCAGAUCAGAACAGACUCAUUAAGUGGAAAUAAAUGAUCCGGCCGGGUGGAGCGGCUCACUUGGGUCCCGGAGCUGUCAUUAGCGCUCAGCGCUAGCUUACCGUUCAGAAGCGACCGGCCAAUCAGCCUGCCCUGUCGGGGCCAUUAGUGGAUUACCUUUGGCUCACGUCUUGGGAUCAGAUUAAGGAUUUUUGAGGAGGUGAGGCUAAUUCAUGAUCAUGGAGAGGAAGAGGAUGGACUGUCCGGCUCUACCCCCGGGCUGGAAGAAAGAAGAGGUGAUCCGGAAGUCAGGACUAAGUGCUGGCAAGAGUGAUGUUUAUUACUACAGCCCUACGGGGAAGAAGUUCAGGAGCAAGCCUCAGCUCUCCCGAUGCCUCGGCAACACGGUUGAUUUGGGAUGCUUCGAUUUCCGGACGGGAAAGAUGAUGCCGGGCAAAAUGCAGAAAAACAAGCAGAGGCUUCGAAAUGAACAUCUCAGUCUGUCCAAGGGAAAGCCUGACCUGAACACAGCGCUGCCCAUCCGACAAACGGCCUCCAUCUUCAAACAACCAGUCACCAAAGUGGUCAACCAUCCCGACAACAAAGUCAAAACAGAUUCCCAGCGAGCAGCCGAACAGCCACGACAGCUCUUCUGGGAAAGGAGGUUGAAAGGUUUGAGGUCGUCCGAUGUCACGGAAGAGGUUCUUAGAGCUAUGGAGCUUCCUAAAGGUUUACAAAGUGUGGGUCCAGAGUCGUCAGAUGAGACGUUGCUUUCGGCCAUCGCCACCGCUCUGCACAUGAGUUCGGGUCCCAUCACGGGUCAGACGUCCACGGCCGCCGAGAAAAACCCUGCAAUCUGGCUCAACACCUCUCAGCCACUCUGCAAAUCCUUUAUCGUCACUGAUGAUGACAUCAAAGAGCAGGAGCUAAAGGUGUACCAGGCCAGGAGGAGUCUGGAGGAGGCUUUAAUGGCCGACGGAUUGGCGCGGGCCGCCGAAUCUGCCAGAGGCAUAGAGGGUAAAGCGGCAUAGAGACUCCAGCAGAAGCACUGAAUCCAGAUCUCACCGCCGCCAGACUCCCGGAGACGUUGUCAUCUGUCUGCGCCCGAACCCAGAGCACAGACGCAAGCACACGAUCACAACCGCGGACAAACGGCCUCGAUCACGGCCUCUUCCUUCCUUCUCUUUUUAAAGGAGAGCAUAUAUUUUCCUCUACGACUCUAUACAUGAUUCAAAAUCAUUUUUAUUUCGUGUCCAGGAAUAAUCAGGUGAAACAUUUUACAGGCGAACGCCGAGCAAUAAUUCUGGGUAAAACUGUGUCAGGUUGCAAUCUGCUGGAUUUGUAUUGCUAACUUUUGUUACAGAUGUCAGGUCGUAUGGGAUUCGAUCUUUUCAGGGUGUGUAACGAACAAUGCAUUUACGGACUUAUUAAUGAAAACCUACUUAUUUAAGAGAAAUAAUUUUAUACUUUGAAAGUGAAAAUAAUACUUGUACAUUUUGUGCAGCAUAAUAGAAUAAAGAAAUGAUUAUAUUCCUA